UAAACGGUACACAAAAUGGCUGGAUGGAUAAUUCUGCUUUGCCAGUGCCCCAUAUCAGAUGAAUGCUUGAAGAACUUUGGUAAGGAUCCUAACACAAUCUGCUGCUCCAAAUUGAAGGUGUGCAUUUCUGCUAUAAUGUGAAACAAUAAUCCCCCCAAAUGUUCUUUUUCUUUUAGUAACACUCGACUAAUGUGUCUGAUGAGGUGGUGCAAUAAUUACAAAUAAUGAGAAUUAAUUGCUCGGCCUUCACAAAAAUGCAGAAUGACUGAAGAGAAACAUCGCUGCUCGACUCAUUCCUGUUCUGGUUUCUGCCUUCUCAUCGUCCUCCUAGACUAAAAUGAUGCAUUCACAAACUUGCUUCAAAUGCAGCUGAGAUUAUUAGAGCAUGAUCCUACAAGUUCUACAAUUGCCAUUUGUUUGUUUGUGCUGCGUGUACAUUUCUAUCUUAUCAAUGCGUGGGAAAUUCAGGCCAGCAGUUAUAAAUUACCUUUGAGGCGAGAAAUGAAAUCAUGGUUAUUAUAUCAUAUCUGUAUGAGACACACAAUGUCUCCCAUUGUGCGUAAAAAGCAUUUAGCACCUCAGCACACAUGACCGCACGUCCUCCCAGUAGCACCAACAGAUAACGGCGCUGUCAAGCGUCAUGCCAAGACCAGCCAUUGUUCUAUUGCUUAACACUUCAAGCACUGAUAAUGAGGAAAUAUUAAUGAGAAUUUCAGGACCACGUCAGUCUCUGGAGCAAACAGUCUUCCAGCAGAUGAGGGGAGAAAAAGACAGAGAUGGAGCGAGGUGCGCCGUGGGAGAUUCGCGCGCUGAGGCGAAUCCUCAGCCUGCGACGUUACGGUUGAUGAGGAAAAAGAGAAUUAUCUACCCCCCUUUCUUUUCUCACUUCAGACAAAUGGACGUGCAGUUUGGAGAGGAAACAAGUGAAGGACUUUUGACAAGUUCCUGUUGGUUUUGGAAAAGAACAAGACUAUCCAAUGGAAGUAGAGUACAAUCCAACCCGUGAUAGAAGCAUCAUUCGCCACAAGUGAGUCCAAGACGAGGAAGCAAACUGAAGCAUUCCCGACUUCUCCAAUCUCCGGCCAACUUCCUGGGAAAAACAUUUUCUCACUUCUCCGUGACGCACACUCAGCGCUGAAGCUAAGCGAGAGGGCGCAGCACCAUUGUGCAGUCACCGAGCAGGCCGACGAUAGCGCGGGCGACAGUGGGGAAGCAGAACUGAGGUCCUGAGAGAGCAUGAAGACGAGCUGUGACUCCCCUCACUGCAGCCCACUAAAAUAUGGCAUAACCCGGGUGAAUUGUUAAUCAACCAUGAUAGGCCUAAAGCUGCGACUGGCAUUAUAAACCUUUUCUUCCGUACCCGACACAGACCCUCCUCCUGCUCCUCCUCCUCCUCUGCCACAGUCCUUCCCUGACACCUUUGCUACUUUCUUUUGUCUAACAAAACACACCCUUCCUUGGGGCCUGCCCUUGCAUUUGUCCUCCCGAUUAGACCAACAUCCCCUCUUUCAUCUUCAUCAUGCAGAGUCUUUCCUCCACUUCGGGUUUCAUUGUUAUUCUCUCCGCCCUCCUAAUUGCCACCCGCUUUCCCAGCGUGGUCAACGGGGACUGCUGGCUCAUUGAAGGGGACAAAGGUUACGUGUGGCUGGCUAUCUGCAGUCAGAACCAGCCGCCGUACGAGACCAUUCCACAACACAUCAACAACACUGUCCACGACUUGAGACUCAAUGAGAACAAGCUGAAAGCGGUGCACUUAAACUCAAUGUACCGCUUUACCAACCUCACAGACCUCAACCUCACCAAGAAUGAAAUCAGCUACAUCGAAGACGGCGCCUUUUCGGGGCAGGCUAACCUCCAGGUUCUUCAACUGGGCUACAACAAGCUGACCAACCUGACCGAGGGUAUGAUGAGAGGGCUUGGCCGCAUGCAAUGUCUGUUCCUCCAACACAACCUCAUUGAAGUUAUUGCCAGCAAUGCAUUGUGGGAGUGCCCCAGCCUUAGCAGCAUUGAUCUGUCGUCUAACAAACUUGCCCGCAUUGAUCCAUCGACCUUCACUGUUCUCAAUCGCCUAAUGGUUUGUGAACUAGCAGCAAAUCCAUUCCAUUGCGGGUGCGAUCUUUACAGCUUUCUAAUCUGGCUGGAAUCCUUUAACAACGUCACCCACACCUACGAUCGUCUCCAGUGUGAGACGCCUCGGGAGAUGUUUGGCUUUCCCCUACUGAGCCCCAUCGCGGCCGGUCACGCUGGUCGAAAUGCCAAAAACAUCUUGUACUCCCACUGUAGAGAUGGAGUGAUGAUUCCUGGAAUGACGUCCCUUCCGCCAGACCUGGAUGGUCCGUCUGGAAUUGGCCCUGAAAUAUUCGGCGGUGUGGGACCUUACCACCAGCCCAACACCUCCACAUCCACAGAAAACAGCUUCAUCCCCAGUAUCAAGCUCCAUCAGGUGUCCUUGUCCUCGGCCUCUCUCCUCGUCCAGAUUCCGAAACCCUUUAGCAAAAUGUAUAUACUAACACAAUACAACCACACUUAUGUGUCUGAUGUUAUGACUCUGAAGAACAAGAAGGAAAUGAUCACCCUCAACAAGCUCAAACCGCACACCAACUACACUUUCUGCGUGGCAUCCAUUCGUAACUCCCAACGAUACAACCACACAUGCCUCCAAUUCUCCACCCGUUCUCAAAAUCCAAACAACAUACUCCCCACGCCUUCAACCACGACGCACUACAUCAUGACCAUUGUGGGAUGUCUCUUUGGCAUGCUCAUCGUUUUGGGGUUUGUCUAUUACUGUUUACGUAAGAAACGCAUGCAUGACGAAAAGAAGAAAUCUAUAUGUGUAAAGAAAACGAUACUGGAAAUGCGUUACGGGCCUGAGGUGGCUGCAGCAGUCGCAAAUGAUCCCGCAGCAGUCCACAAGCUUCAGGAACACUCCAGAGAACACCACCAAUAUCACCACCAUCAUGGGGGCAAGCUUCCCAUGUCUACUUCCUCUAGCUCUGGAAUGCUUCACUCAGCUAACACGAGUUCCUCGCGACUUUCCUCUAUUCCCCAGGUUGAAAAAAUGGCCACUGCCUUUUCAGAGGCAAUGACAAGUAAAGGAAACUACAUGGAUAUCAGAAGUGGAGGGGGAGGGAUUGAGAGGCUCGCCGGAGAUAGCGGGCUUGCAGGUAUGCGUGGGGAAGAUUUAAGGGACGACGACGGCACUGAUGUUGGGGAUGACUCGGAUGACGAUGGACACGGUUCUGCAUCAGAGAUUUCGACCAUCGCCAUGGAGGUGGACAAAGUCAACCAAAUUAUAAACAACUGCAUUGAUGCACUGAAGCUGGAUGCAGCGGCUGUUGCAGGUUCGGGCUCUUCCCCAAAUCCCACACCGUCCUCCAACCCUACCCCCCCACACCCAAACAGCACAUCCGCUAUGACUCAUGGCUUGAUAACACUUUCUCAAGGGAUGUCUGAAUCAUGCCAAGUGAACAAAAUCCCACCUCCGCCCCCGCUCCCACUCCCUGCUUUGAAUACUCCACUGUCUGAGCGCCCAGGAAUCAGUGGUGGUGGGUUUGUUGUCACGCCUCCCUACAGGCCGCCUCCACCAGCCAAUGCCGUACGCCCCAUUCAGCGGCAAAUGAGCGCAGAUGCAGCUGUGGUGAUUGUAAAUGCUGUCAAGAAACAGAGCAGCACUGCCUCUUGUGGAUCAGUCGGUCGGGAAAGGGAACGUGGAGGGGCUUGUGUAUAUAGCUUGGAUGUUCCAGAGCCAAGGAGUCCAGAUGCCUGCAAUCAACAACAACAGUACCAAGACCGUGCCAGUCCUGUGGGCUGUGGGGAGCCCUUGGAAAGACUGCCAUUAGUGGGGAGUAUGAGUUGCGCUGGAGGGGGUGGUGGUGGUUGCGACAGUGGUGGUGUUGGUGCGCAAGAAAACCAAAAUCCGCACCAUUAUCACCAACAGACGCAACAACAGCAGCAGUUGGAGGUGCAGCAGGACUACCACUGCUCAGAGCACCGCCACUCUGUCCCAGCUCUUUACUACGAUGGCUCCCAUCAGGGUUCCCCAGCCCAGAAGGUUUCCUUCCUAAAGCCUCUGUCGCGCUCCCGUAAGGAUGCAGCAUCUUAUUCCCAGCUUUCGCCAUCUCGCCACCAUUCCAGUUACUCUGGCUACUCCUCCAGCCCAGAGUACUCAUCGGAGAGCACACUGAGGAUCUGGGAGCGCUUUCGUCCCUACCGUAAAGGCCAGCGCGACGAGGCCUGUUACGUGACGGCCGGUAAUGCCCUUCGAAAAAAGGUGCAAUUCGCUAAAGGUGAGGACCUGCACGACAUCCUGGAUUACUGGAAGGGUGUGUCAGCACAGCAGAAGCUUUGACUGGGGGACCAGUAUUGCGCAUUUUGAGGAAAAGAGCUUGUUUACUUCUGGUUUUAAGGUGCCCUUUCUGGGCCGGAGAAACUUCUUAAAGGGAAGAAAUGUGUCGGACACAGUUUUGCCUUUUUAUUUUCUGGCAUGCUCAGUGUUUAGAGUAUUGUGCGUCAAGCACAGACUGUGCAACUGUGCCUGGGAUACCUGGGAUAUACUGUAACUCACUAUGGUCUUUUAUUUUACACUUCAUUGUAGCACCGUUUCUGGAUUAUUCUUACAACUGCAGGUUUUGGUUGAUCUCACAGGGGAGCAAAAGCUUAACUGUGCAGUCUAUUAAUAUUUGUGUGGUCACAUUUUGUGAUCUUUUAGACAGUACUUAC